CACGUAUUUACAUCUGCACAGGUAAAGGGGACGCCUUCACAAGGUACACACAGCCGUAGGAGUAACAACAGUAAAACAUGCACAGGUAAGACUGACGGAUGAUUUAGUCCUGGCUGUCCUUUGACCCCGGGCGUCCUUAUGUGUUGGAAAAAACGUCCGAAGCGGUCAGCGUUGACAAUUAUUGCAUGUGCCGUGGUUUACGUUGGAGCGGUCAAUCUUCUGGCACUUUAUUCCAUGGUUAAAUCGUACAACAGUCCAGUGUCGUGGGUACAGCGAUUCGGUCACUUAUAUAUUGGAAAGCCGGACACCAAUAACUGGACAUGUAAAGGUCUUCGCUACUCCACCAUCCCGCUCCCUCUCACUGCUCUGGUCAGCUUUCCCGGGUCUGGCAAUACCUGGCUACGUCACGUCAUACAGCAGGCUACAGGUGUGGCUACAGGGAGUGUCUAUUCGGACGUUGGUUUGAAGAGGGAUGGCUUUCCUGGUGAGGGUCAGACCAACGCCUCAGUGAUUGUAAUAAAGACACAUUCUCUAGGUCCGGACGAGCGUGCUCGCUAUGUCCGAGCUAUUCUUCUGAUCAGGGACCCAUUUGACGCCCUCCUGUCCGAAUUCAACAGGCGGCAUGGAGGGCACAAAGGCUAUGCAGGACGAGUACACUUCCAGAAAAAUUGGUACGACUAUAUCUUUGGAACAGCCGGAGAUUGGUAUGAUCUUUACCACGAUUGGCUGACAUUUGACGGCCCGCUCCACGUGGUUAUGUAUAAAGAUCUGCGGGAAAACCCCUCGGUGGAAUUGGACCGGUUAAUGAAGUUUCUGGGUGUUUCUUUGUCACACAAAGAGAAAUUCUGUGUGAUGAAUAACUAUGAAGGUAAUUACAGACGAGGAGGUAAGAGUGCUUCCGUGUCGGACAGAUACACCGAUUAUAUGGUAUAUAUGAUAAAUAACUACAAACGGAAACUGUCUACGGAACUCGGACAUUAUCUUAACAAGUCAAACAUCCGAAUUAGCUAACAGUGUCAUUACAACAUGUUACACACGUACCGUGAAAAAUAAAAGGGCGAUUUGAAAUACGUGUGUAUUCUGGUGAGGAAAGGGACCAUGCUUUGGCGGACCAAUUCACAAUAUCACUGCUUCACGAUCAUCACUAUGGUUAUUUUUUUUAAUGCUUUUUUAAAUUCGUUUUAGCUCAAUUAACAGUUAAGUGGUUGAGCGGUAAGUAUCAUUGAAGACGAAGGCAAUUACUAUGUGUAUAAAUGAUCACUUAGAACAAACACAAGAAAGGUAGAGUUAUCUCCCGUCGCUUACUUUGCGACAGCACAAAAUAACUACUUUCCUGUAAAAGAGUUAUAAAAAUGACCGUUUGUAUUAAUUAUUGACUAUUUUUGAAGUUGGUUAUGACGCUUAUUCAAGAGUUAUUGGUUUUAUGUUUUGAAUAACAGAAAUGUGCGUACAGAAAAAUAUGAGCAAAUUUAGAAGGUCCUUUUGAAUUUAAUAACAGAAAAUGAUGCUCCCUCUGAAUUGCAUUAUUUUUUAAAGGACCGUUUAGUUAUGUAUCAUUUGCUAGGUAUCAGAAUUCUGAAAACUUUGUUACUGAGACAGAGUUGGUCGGAAAGCCAACGGUAUCAUGAUUAUUGUUUCGUUUCCUACUUUUUUUAACUUUUGAAGUGUCCUUUGAACGCACAAUGAUAAAAUCUUACUUCUACCAAUGACAGAUUUACAUACCGUUUAAUGACUCCGUGUAUCUGUGGUGCUUUUACUUGACUUAAUAUUUCUUUCUGAUUUAUUACUGCUCUGCGUUAGCAUAAAACUGUGAAAUUUUGGUAUGAUUACGCUAUAAUGAAUAUGUUCUAAUUUAGCGAAACUUGUGUAUAGCAGAAGAGCAUCUCUCUGUGUUCUCGUAUUUUUGAAAACAUACUUAAAAGUUCCUGUAAGAAAUUCCUAUUUUUCUGCAAAUAUAUUUUCAUUUGUUAAUACAAAUUUCAAUUACAUACUUAUUCACCAUGAAAAAUGGGUUUUAGCCAAUUUUUUAAUUUCAUUCAUUUUUAAGAAUUAUUACAUAGCACUAGACGUUGAAAUGUAGUGCUAAUGUUUGUCAGAGUACAGCAAUCAGUACGUUUUAUACAUUCAUAACAACGAUCUCUAGCCUUGAAUAGAUGUUGUCUACAUAGGAAGUGAUAUAUCAUGUUGAUCUUUGUUGAUUUUACAAACAAUGAA